AUAGCAGACCAAAUCCAGAAUGCUGCAUUUAUGUUCCCGGCUGAACCAUGGGCUGAAGUAUCUCCAGCCGCUAUCGAUCUGAUACGGCGUCUCCUACGGGUAAAGAUAGAAGAACGCCUAACAAUCGACCAAUGCUUAGCUCAUGAGUGGUUGAAAGGAGAGCAGCUGUAUCGGGACCUUAGGAGUUUGGAACUGCGAUUGAAAUGCCCGCGAUACCUUACAAGUCCCGCUGACGACGAGAAGUACGCUGAGUUUCUACAGCAACAAGGUCUUGUUCCCCAAAUCUCCUGUGCUACGAGCUCGUAG